UCAUUUAACAUAAUGACUUCCCCUGACAUCUUUAUCAGUAAUGUGCACAGAAAUGGGUGGAGGUUUGUUUUUUUCAGAGUAACAAUGAAUCUAAAAGCAAAAACAAAGUAUUUUCCAUCUGAUAGUUUGUUGUUCAGGAAUUUCAGAUACGUUGCAGCAGGAAUUGGGCAGCUCCUGCUGAUGCUACUUCUUCCUGCUCCCCCCUCAUACCAAAGGUGAAGCUCCGUUCUAUAAAGGACCUGACCUCUGAUCACACCUGGAGAGUUUCUUCUUCACUUCACUUCACUUCAGACUGACUGUAAGACGAACUGUUCUAAAAAUGUCUUUGACUCACCGUGAGUGCACAGUGACAAUUCACAACAAGACCUCCGGCUUCAUCCUUCGUGAUCCACAGGUCCAUCUCCACAGCGGGAACUGUGAUAUUCCUCUCCCUCCAGAUCUCAGUCCAACUGAAUCCGGCACCGCGCUUUUCAAGAAGACGCACGACACGGCAUGUGGCUCAGUGGGCGUCUUUACGUAUAACAUCGUACACAAGUCCACCAAGCAGGACCACGGCCGGCUGGCUGUCAUGUUCUCUGUUCCAUACAACUUCAACUUCUACUCCAACCUGUAUGCCGUGGGGAAAUUCAGCAAGAAUAAGCAGUGUGACAAGGAUCUCUACCACGAGAUGUACUACGACUCCAAUGACAACCUCGUCCGAGGACAUGCAAAAGGACCCAGUCUGAUCCACAAAGGGAGCCAUGUGACCAUCAGGGCCAGCAUGUCUGACAGCUACCAGCCAGUCCUGAAGGUGGAUGUUUGUGACAACUGAAACAUGUGGUUCCUGUUGGUCCAAUUUCUCCUGGAUCAACACCAUCUGACGCCACUCAGUCUGUUUAACUAGCAAAAGCUUCUUCUUUCAUAUUGUAACCAUAAUAAACUUAAUCUGUAUCAAUACCAGUUAUGCUAUUUUUCUCAGGUUAAAUAUUGUAAACCAGUUACCCAGUAGCAUGUGGUUUUCCAUCCACACUCAUCAAAGACAUUCCAGUCUUUCCUGUUGAGUUUACACAUCUGCAAUUAUCAGUGAUCUGUAAAAUCUGGAAAACUCAAAUUUUUGCUGAAUUGAAGAGGAAAUGUUGAAGAGUUCAAUGCUUCUCUGAAUCUUUAAAAGAUCAAAUAAAAAAACAAAAACCCUCCAACUGAUUCAGAAUUUUCCUUGAACUCCAGCAGCCAAAUGAAAAUAUUCCUGAAACUGAUCCUGAAAGGGACAGGACAAGGUUGGAAUGGUUGUGCUUCCUUCUGAUUUGGACAUCAGCACAGAUGCGGAUGGAAUAGUGCUGUUACUGACACAGUUGAUCAAAGUUAAGCUAAAAAUGUUUUCACUUUAUUGGAUUAAAUAGGACUGGGUGUAACUGAGCUGCAAUAUGUGACUAUGUUAUCUUCUUCGUAGACUUUUAGCUGAACCAUAAUCGAUUAAACACACUGGAUCAGGUCCAAUUAAGGUCUUCUGUACUGGACUGGUAUAUUUACUGCUGAAUAUUUUAGAAUUGUCACCAUUGUUUCUGUCAGCAAUCUUUACUUCUGCCCAGUGUCUGAGCAUCACUGAACACAGAUAAGAUCUGAUUAUCCUGAUCCCACGUUGCUGCUGUUAACAUCUGAAUAUUCUGAACCAAUAAAAGUUGAUCUUUAA